GCCCGCUGGAGGGAAACCAUGGUGAGGGGGGAUGGGGGGCGGGCAGUCUCUGACCCACCGCCUCCGAAGAGCAGGGGGUGCAGCCGGCCCGCCCUGCACCCCAUGAAGCUGCGGGACACCCCCUCGUCCUGCCCGGCUCUGUGGCGGUCCCUGCCCUGCCCGCCGGCCGAGCUGCGCCUGGACCUGGUGCUGUCGUCGGGACAGACCUUUCGGUGGUGGGAGAGCAGCCCGGGGGCCUGGACGGGCGUGCUGGGGGAGCGUGUCUGGACGCUGCGGCAGGAGCGGGACCGGCUCUGGUACACGGUGUAUGGUGAGGAAGAGGAGGAUGGGAGUCCCGCCCGGGUGGCACAGCCGGACGGUGCUGAGACAGACCGGAUCCUGCGUGACUACUUCCAGCUGGACGUGGGGCUGCCAGCCCUGUACCAGGCCUGGGGGGCAGCCGACCCCCUCUUUCGCAAGGUGGCCAAAGACUUCCCAGGUGAGGACACCACAGGGGACGGCUGCAGCUCCAGCCUGGCCUCCCCUCACCACAUCCCGCUGUCAGGGGUGCGGGUGCUGCGGCAGGACCCCGUCGAGUGCCUCCUCUCCUUCAUCUGCACCUCCAACAACCACAUCUCCCGCAUCACCGCCAUGAUCGAGCGCCUCUGCUGCGCCUUCGGCCGCCGCCUCUGCCGGCUGGACGCCCGGCCCCUUCACGCCUUCCCUUCCCUCUCAGCGCUCACAGGAGCUGACGCCGAGCCCCGGCUGCGGGCGCUGGGCUUCGGCUACCGGGCCCGGUUUGUCAGCGGCAGCGCGCGGGCCCUGGCCGGGGGGCUGGGUGCCGAGGGGCUGCGCCGGCUGCGCGCGGCGCCCUACGCCGAGGCCAGGCGGGUGCUGUGCGCCCUGCCCGGGGUGGGCGCCAAGGUGGCCGACUGCGUCUGUCUGAUGGCGCUGGACAAGGCGGAGGCGGUGCCCGUGGACACCCACGUCUGGCGCAUUGCGCGGCAGCGCUACGGGGCGGCGCUGGGGGGCAGGAGCCUGACCCCCCGGGCCCACCAGGAGAUCGGUGACUUCUUCCGCGGGCUGUGGGGGCCCCGCGCUGGCUGGGCACAGGCGGUCCUCUUCUGUGCUGACCUCCGCAAGGGCCAGGAGCCAGCCGGCAGCCGGGAGGGGGCCCGGAGGGGCCGAGGCCGGGACAGCUGUGGGGAUGGUCUCCCCUAGGGACACCCCACGAGGGACAGAGCCCCUGGGGAGCAGACUGGGACGGGGGGGGUGUCACAGCCAGCUUGGGACACAGGUGUGAACUGCU